AUGGAGAAUUCAUCACGACAAGUUGGAGAAGUUCUAUACUGUGCUGGACAGAUUGCAUUAGUACCUUGUACUAUGCAGCUUGUUGGUGGUGGCAUACAAACUGAGGCUACAGUCUCCCUAAGCCAUGUUGAGAAAGUCCUUAAAGCUAUGAGCCGCAACACUGAACUCCACCACAUCCUUAUGGCUAAUUGUUACGUAACUAACAGCAAGUACAUUCCUGUCGCUCACGCUGUAUGGCAAAAGAAAUUAGAUGAACUUAAAAAGGCAGAAGAUCCAGAAAUGUACAGUGAUUUAGCUGCAGUCUAUGGGAUGCUAACUGUGGUCGUGGUACCCUGCCUACCCAAAGAUGCUCUCAUUGAGUGGCAUGUCAUUGCAGCAGUGGAUAAUCCACCAGAAAGGAGAACUUUUGUUAUGAAGAUGUCAACAGAGGAUUGCCAAAUUGAAUGUGAAGCUGUGGAGUCCAGUUCUGCAUGUAGUGCAUCUAUCUCAGUACGCCUAAGCUUGAUUUCACCAUCUGCUUCUUCAGCCAAUUUAGAUAGGACUCUUCAUAAUAUGGUUGCUGUGUUCAGACAAGCUGUCAAGAAACUUUCAGAGGAUUGCAAUGCAAUUCCCUUGUGUUUUAGAACUUUCUACAAGGAGGACAGUUUUGGUGCUGAAACACUACAAGCAGGACUGCAAUACUACCUAGAAGAACAAUUGGGCGAGAAGACACCAGCUCUGAUUUUGGUACCUGUCAUGGAUUUACCUGAAAAGGAAGUUAUUCAUAUAGCAUGCUGGCUGAGUUAGUCAUUCCUAAGUGAUCAGUUGGUAUCAAUGCAUGUAUUCCACCUAGAUGAGAGUGAAGAGAAGAGUUGAUAAAGUUGAAUAUUUUCAUUGAACAUCAAGGUGCAUGUAGCUUGAUUUGGGCAAAACAUGUCUUAAAGUGUUAAUAUUUCUAUGGAUAGUGCCUGAUGGCAAAUGACGCAUUCUGCCUUUGGAUGAAAAAUAAAGA